AUGACGCGUCACGUGACACGACGUUCACCUCGCAGCAGCAAAACACGGAAGAAGUCCGCCCAUCUGGAAAAAACCCCGAUGUCUUCCUUUUAGCCCAGGCUGCCGGACGGAAGAUACAUCUGUGGCUGAUCUCCGUGAAGAAACAUCUGCAAUGUAAACUUUGCAUCCUGCAGCGAAAAAUAUUGCAUGGAGGAAGCUUGUUAAAUUGCAUCAACACAGUGGAUUUACCACGAGUUUUAAAGAACAAACUCCGGGCGGAGUGAGGAUGUCUGUAGAAAGCCCAGAGGACAGGACGGUGGAGGUCCUGCAGCUGCCUGAAGGAUUAGACGAGGAGCUGCUGUUCCUGUACUUUGAAAAUAAGCGGCGCUCCGGGGGAGGUCCGCUUGAAUCGUUGAAAAGAAAGGACAAUCAUGCUGUACUGGUGUUUGAAGAGGCAGAAGCUGCAGCCAGAGUGCUGUCUAAAGGGCACCAUGUUCUGCUCAACACUGAGCUGAGCGUCAGAAAGUCUCCAUCGAAGGACAAGCGCAGACUGCUGCUGCGGGGAACCAACCCCGACACCAACACGGAGAUGAUAGAGCUCUACGUGGAGAACAUGAUGGACCUGAACGUCACAGACUACACUCUGGUCACCUGGCCAGGGAGAGAUUUCAUCCUCAUUCAUUUAAGCCAGCCCUUCUCAAAAGAUUUCCAAUCUCUUAGCACAAAAAUCUCCAAGAGAACACUGGAUGGGGCGAUGGUAACUCUUGAACAGAUGGAACAAACUGACUCCAUUAUAGUGGAGAACCUCCACCCUGGCACCACACCAGACCUGCUUACUUUGUACUUUGAGAGUGAGAGGGGUGGGAGUCAGAUGGUGAAGAAUGUCACUGUGCUUUCAGAGGGCACAGCAAAGGUGUCCUUUGCUGAUUAUGACUCCGUGGACAGUGUCCUGGAUCUUCCACAUCAGCUGAACAACGCUGAACUCGUAGUGAAGCCUUACUUUGACUUUCUCCAGGCUGCACAGAGUUCAGCAGAUCAAGACGUAAAUAUUGACACCCAAGAAGUUCUAGAGGACAACUCUGAAGAAGUCAACAAUGUUCAGAUGAAGACCAGUCCCCUCCUAGCUGGUGCUGACCAGUCUUCUCUAGCUUGGACAUCAGACAUCUUUGACUCAGCCUCUCCAACAGCCUCAGAAGCUCUGGCUGCCGAUGUGGCUGCAGAACAGGAAGUAGUUGAAGUGAUGGAGGGUCAAGAUGAGGAAACCGAGACACCCUCGUGCCACAUUCCCAUCACAGACCCAAUAAAAAUGGCUUUGUUCCAAAACAGCUCUUUUCAGCAAGUCAUGCAGAAAGCUAACCCAAGUGUUAGCAUUGAGAUUAAAGAUGGUGGCUUGCACAUUGCAAGUCCAGACAGAGGUCAUCUCCAACAGCUAAAAGAUACAAUCUCACAAUUUAUCAGAGACAUGAAAGAGACUCAGUUUACCCUUGAAGUGGAGAAAGCUGAGUUCCUUGCAAGAAAAGAUGUGAAGGAGCGGUUAUUACAAACCAUAAAUACAACCGUUUCACUUACGUUGUAUUCUGUGUCCGAUUCUACCGUUACUGUGGCAUCCCUGUCCCAAAACACCGCCGACCAGGCAUGUGCCUUUUUAAAAUCCCAAGUGUGCCACUUCAGCGUGCCGGUGGAUGUGGAGCAAAAGUGCAUUUUGGAAUGUAGAGAGUGGAGUGCGUUUCUGCAGACUUUGUGUUUCACUUCUGCAAAGAUGUCAAGAGAAAGAGGGACCAUUGAUGUCCUGACUCUGAAAGGAAUGGAGGAUGAGAAGCAGGCUGCAGUUCUGCAGUUUUUGACUACCCCCAUUGAAAGGGAUACUGUCCUGCCGAUGGAGCCAGGCGUGCUGAAAUACAUUCAGAUUCACUGUCAUCAGCUGUUGGCUGACAUGGAGCAAGUGUCGAUAUUUCCACUAGAAGCUGAAGAUGCUUGUGGAUUAAAGAUCCAUGGCCCCGCAGUUGCUUGCCAAGUAGCCGAAGAAGUCUUGCAGGGUGUGCUCUCCUCCAUCUGCACACGAACCAUCACAGUGAAUGUUCCAGGAGUGACUCGGUUUUUAGAUGAAAAGGAGUGCAGGAGCAUAAUGAAUGAGAUGGAGACCAAGUUUCAGGUCUACAUCUGUCAGAAGUAUGUGCCCUGGGAGCCCAUAGCAGACCAG